GGGCGCCAUUUGGGCAGAGGCGCUCGGGGGAAGUGCAGAGGAGCUGUGCUGACAUACCAGAGCGUACCCCCGCUGCGGCUGGAUGGAGCCUCCCGUCAAACAGCCCCACAACACCGUUCCCGUGGGGCUGUCUGGAGACGGGAUGGAGCAGUGCACGAAGCGUAUCCGGAAGCCUUCCCUGCUGUACGAGGACUUCGAGAGGCCCUUCCUGCCCCUGUCCAGUGCUCAUACCCCCCCGGCCCCGCCCCAGCCCCAAGUGAAGGACCCCAGCUGUGGAGGCCGCCUCACCAACCAGCUGCAGUACCUCCACCACGUGCUGCUUAGGUUCCUGUGGAAGCACCAGUUCGCCUGGCCCUUCCGCGAGCCCGUCGACGCCUACAGGCUCAACCUGCCGGAUUACCAUACAAUAAUCAAACAGCCAAUGGACAUGGGCACCAUCAAAAAGCGCCUGGAGAAUAAUUACUACCACGAGGCCAGUGAGUGCAUCCAGGACUUCAGCACCAUGUUCACCAACUGCUACAUCUACAACAAGCCUACAGAUGACAUUGUGCUGAUGGCCCAGUCUCUGGAAAAAAUCUUCCUGCAGAAGGUUGCUGACAUGCCUGAGGAGGAGAUCGAGCUGCCCACACCUGCACCUCGCAGCAGGAGCGGCCGGGGAAGAGGCCGCCGCGCCAACAGCAGCAGAGCUCAGCAGGUGCCUGCAGUCUCCCAGUCGGCCUACUCUCCCUCCUCCUCAGACACAGGGGACUCCAUGUUGGCCAGCUCUCCUACCAUAGUGCUGCCCAAGAACCUUCCUCCAGCCCCAAUCCUGAGCAUGCCCCACCCACAGCCCACCACUAAGAAGAAGGGUGUGAAGCGUAAGGCGGACACAACCACCCCCUCCACCGUGGGCCUGUCUGUGAGCAUGGCCCCAGAGCCGCACAUGGUGGGUCUGGGGAAGGGCGGACACCGGGGCCGUGAGGGGGCUCUGCACUCCUUUUCCCACCUGGAAGGCCUGGACACUCCGUCUGGAAUAAGUCCUGUCCUGAUCCAGUCCAUGCUGGGGGGCCCAGGGCGCAGGGUGGGCAGCGGGCGCCCCAUCAAACCCCCCAAAAAGGACCUGCCUGACUCCAUCCAGCCCCAGGCCUCCAGGAGGGGCAAGCUGAGCACACAGCUGCGCUACUGCAGUGGGCUGCUCAAGGAGAUGCUGUCCAAAAAGCACGCGUUGUACGCCUGGCCCUUCUACAGCCCUGUGGACGCUGUGGCCCUUCAGCUACACGACUACCAUGACAUCAUCAAGUGCCCCAUGGACCUCAGCACCAUCAAGAGAAAGAUGGAGUGCCGGGAGUACAGUGAUGCUCAGCAGUUUGCCAGUGACGUCAGACUCAUGUUCUCCAACUGUUACAAGUACAACCCGCCUGGACAUGACGUGGUGGCCAUGGCUCGCAAGCUGCAGGACGUGUUUGAGUUCGGCUUUGCUAAGAUCCCAGAUGAACCAGCGCUGGAGUCCACCGCCACCUCCCUGAGUGCCCCACCCUCCUCCUCUUCCUCCUCCUCCUCCUCUUCAUCCUCGUCCUCCUCCGAGAGCGAGCCCAGCACAGAGACAGAGGAGAGCGAGAGCAGCCCCAGUGAGGACAGUGAAGAGGAGAGAGCCCAGCGACUGGCUCAGCUACAGGACCAAGUGUGCACACAGCUGAGGGCGGUGCAUGAGCAGCUGGCCGCUCUGUCCCAGGGGCCCGUGGUCAAACCCAAGAGGAGACGUGAGAAGAAGGAGAAACGCGACAAGAAGAAGAAGAAGAAAGGCAAGCGGGGCCGCGGGGGCCGAAGCAGGGCGGGCUCCGAGGAGUGGAAACUGCCCAGUAAGAAGAGCAGGUCUGUUAGAGCCCCCCAGAGCCACAGGGGCCCGCCCAAGAAGAGCCGCACCAAAAGCGUCUCCAAGAAGCCGCUGUACCCCCCCGUGCUGCCCUCCCCCGUGCUGCCCCACUACGACUCGGAGGAGGAGGAGGACCUGGUGCCCAUGACCUAUGACGAGAAGAGGCAGCUCAGCCUGGACAUCAACAAGCUGCCCGGGGAGAAGCUGGGGCGCGUGGUGCACAUCAUCCAGAGCAGAGAGCCCGCGCUGAGGGACACCAACCCCGAGGAGAUCGAGAUCGACUUCGAGACGCUCAAGCCCUCCACCCUCAAGGAGUUGGAGCGAUACGUGCUGUCCUGUCUGAGGAAGCGGCCACGCAAGCUCUCACACCACACAGGGAAAAGCUCCAGUCUGGGCAAGUCUAAAGAGGAGCUGACUCUGGAGAAGAGGAGGGAGCUGGAGCGAAGGCUACAGGACGUCAGCGGACAGCUCAACAUCGUCAAGAAACCCUCCAAGAGCCAAGUGGAGAAGAGCAGUGCAGGGGACCCUGAGCCUCAGCCGGCCCGCCUCAGCGGCAGCAGCUCCAGCUCGGACUCUUCAUCCUCCUCUUCUGCCUCGUCUUCAUCAGACACCAGUGACUCAGACUGAGGCUAAACUCAAGCUCUUUCUUUUAUAAAGAAGACUGUUAUCUGGAGGUGACUGGCCAGAGCUGAUCUGGUGUCUCCUCUCAGGAGGAGCUCAGAGCUUCGAGUAGGACUGAGCCUAGCCUCAUGUGUUCUGUACAGGAAAGGGGCAGGGGCCUGGGGUGGGGCAGGGGCCUGGGGUGGAGCAGCACCUGUGUUAAACAUGAGGCACUACUUUACUUUGUCCUUUUUUGACUGUAAGGAAUCUCUUACCUAGGCUGAUAAAGAACAACACUGUACCAGGCGAGCCUGUGGAGGCCUCCUCGAGGCUCACAGGUUAUUAACCUCCAAGUGUUUGGUCCUUGUGUUUGUGCUGCUACACCCCCCACUCCCACCCCACCUCACUGUACAAGCCCCAAGAGACGGCCUGCUCCUGGACCUCACAUCCAUGUGACAGGGCCUGCUCCACUCUGAGAGGAGUACCACACUGGAGAAAGGUACUCCAUAUGGAGUACCACAAAGAGUGGAGCUGUAUACUCCAUGUGGAGUACUACACAGAGCAGUGUACUUCAUGUGGAGUACCACAGAGAACAGGGUACUCCAUGUGGAGUACCUCAGUGACUGCAAGUACAGAUAGGAGUCUGUAGAACGUGUUGAAGCCCUCUGCUCUGUUCUGGAGCUGUGUGACAUGUUUAUAUUCACUUUGACUGAACUGCAUUUGGAUGUGUAUCCAAUAGUUGUAUUCGUGUUAAUUUAAGUACUAAAAUAAGUGCUGCAUUCAUGUGUCUGAGGCGUGUCCAGUCCCAGACUAUAGACUUGAUGUAGAAUAGCACUGGCCAAGGCUAAGCACAAAGUCACACCCACAGUACUGUAGUACUAGUACAGUAGUGUACAGUAGAGUACUGUGACACUGUAGUGACUCUGACCUAGAAUGUUGUGUACAGACGAGUCUUGUGUUUGGACCCUUGUUGUGUUUGCACUGCUGCUUCUAACAGUUUUUUGUUUUUUUUAAUCAUUCGUUUAAUAAAACUUAAUGUUCUCU